ACCUCUACCUCUCGUAACUAGUAGUGUGGCUCAGCUGUUUCUGUUUACUAAACAAAGGAGCCAGAAAUCAGUUCAACGGUGGACGGCGAGCGGGGCACGUUCGUGUGUCCGUUAGCGACACCACUUCUUUUUCUAACCCUUUUAGACCAACCAACAAACCGAUCUCGCUUCAUGAUCGCAGGCAAAAAUCGCGAGUGCUUCUAACCAGGAUAUUUCUCGAGCCUCGUCGAUUGUUAACCACCAGAUACCGGAGCGAUAUCGGAGGUCCAAAGCACGCAGUGAGACGAGGAAACAAUUUCAAUUGGACAAAUGAAUCGGUCUUUAUCUAUGCCCCCAAACUUUCUACUCCAAAAGGAAUCACCGUGAAGUAACUUCCGUGUUCCCAAAACUAUCCAGUGACUAUCCAUCGACCUGUUGUUCCAAUUCCAGUACCAGAAAUGGCAACUCAAAUCCUAAUUCCCACAAUUCGCUUUUAAUAUUCGCUCGAACGCUUUGUAACCAUUGACUCGAUAUCAAGAUACUGGAAACUUAUAAAUUUAACGAAUGCAGUAAACAUGCCGUCAUUGUUAGAGGCGCUGGAGCUGAAGUACGGCAGUUCAACGACCGACUGUUCCCUCACGGACGAGGAGACCGAGUCGAGCUCGCCGAAGGCCGCCCUCUCGGUCAGCAUCUUCAUCCCGAAGAAGUCGCCCCGGCACACCGUGCCGGCGUUGCUCGUGCUGCAGGACUGCGACAUCGAGUCGGCCGGGAACGACGCGGAGAAACUCAGCAAGAAAUGCAGGAACGUGGAGGAGCUCGACCUCGCGCAAAACAAACUGUCCCAAUGGACCGAGGUGUUCGGUAUUCUUCAACACAUGCCCAAGAUCAAAUUCGUGAAUCUUAGCUUCAACUGUCUUGCCGAGGUUCUCGAGAUCAAGCACGGGAGCUACGACAUGUUGAAGAAUCUCGUGUUGAACGGAACCAGGGUGACCUGGUCCACGGUCCAGGGAUUGAUCCGUCUUCUUCGUAAUCUGGAGGAGCUUCAUCUUUCGUUGAACGAGUACAAGACGGUCGACCUGGACUAUCAAUUACCCGAGAAUAAGAACGUGUCCGUGAAAAAGCUCCAUUUCACCGGGAACCCCGUCGAGGUGUGGAACGAAAUUUCGAAACUUGGCUACGUAUUCCCCAAUCUCGAGAGCCUUGUGUUAGCCGAGUGCCCGAUAAGGUCGUUGGCUCUCGUUGACAAUAGAAACUCGAACGAGGAGCCGUGCUCGAAGAAGGGGGCGGAGAAUCUGAGCGAGGACAACGAGAAUAUGAACAAUCUGGGGGGGGAGGAGGAGGAGGAGGAGGAGGAGGAGGAGGGCACAUCGAUGGUGGACGAGAAGGGGAACAGGAUAUUCAGCGAGGGAAAAUUGAAUUACGACAGAUCAGAGUCGGAAUCGGAAUCGAGCGGCACGACUAUCAGGUCGUCUCACGAUCCUUUCAGAAAGCUAAGGUUUCUGAACGUGAACGGCACCCUGUUGUCCACGUGGGAUGACGUAGAGCGGCUUGCCAGGUUUCCAGCGCUUAAAUCAUUGAGGAUUCAGGGCUGCCCCCUUUUCGAGAGUCCUCGAGAGUACACCGAGCACGAGAGGCGGCAACUGUUAAUCGCCAGACUUCCGAAUGUCGAGACAUUGAACGGCGGCGGGGCCAUAUCCUCCCAGGAGCGCGAGGACGCCGAAAGGGCCUUCAUUCGAUAUUAUAUGGACAAACCCGAAGCGGACAGGCCGGAAAGGUACUCCGAGCUGGUGGCUAUUCACGGAAAGCUGGAUCCUCUGGUACACGUCGAUCUGACACCCGAGAAGAGGGUCAAGGUCACAUUCACUUACGGAGACUUAGUCGAGGUUCGAUCCAUAGACGUGUACAGAACGGUUUUCGAGUUGAAAACCAAACUGGAGACGAUGGUGAAAAUCCCAGCGAAUAGAAUGAGACUUUUUUACGUGGACCAGGUUAUGAAGGCGCAAUACGGACCGGAGGAGAUGCUGUACCCUAACAAGCAGUUGUAUCGGUACAAUAUACGAAACGGCGACGAAAUCAUUAUCGACAGCAAGUUGAAUCGUUUUGUAUCGACGUCGUCGACCACGUCUUCCAUUCGUUCAUGAAGAAGGUUCUCAAGCGAAUCAUCGGACGAUACGAAACAUACCUGACAGUUGUUGGGAUCCUGCUGACCUCCAGUGAAAAGUGAAUGAGAUAUCGAGAUUUCGAUCAAUUAUAUAGUGGAGAGACUCGGAAUUUUUUUAUAUAUUACACACACGCCGAAUAAUUGUUCUAGAAAAAAUAUACUUAUCGAUUCUUCAGGGUUGAAAAAGGGUUGAUAAAUGAUACGAUUAAAAGGCGAGUUUGUGCGUGGAAAAUGGCUGCGAGAGAAAGUUUAAAGUUAAAAUUUUUACAAUACUUGGGUGAAUUAGUUGAAUUAGUGUUUCUAGAAAGGGAAAUUAAAUUUUCAUGUACAGGCAGGUAUAUUCGUAUACUCUAUGCAAACGUUUUUAAUGAAACGAUUUUAGUGAAUGCGUUUGUAAAAAAAAAAUAUUACGACUCUCUUUGAAGCUUCAUGUUAAUCGUUAGCGUAGAUUGCAGUCAAAUCUAUCAAGAUAGAGAUAAUAUAAAUUAUCCACUUAGUUAAAUAGUAUCCAAUUUAUCGAUUGUUUUUCGAAUAAUUAGAAGAAAAAUAUUGCUAAGAAAUGAGAAAGUUCAUACGCUGGCCAUAUUAUACGAAAAAAAGAAAACCUUGAAAUUUGAAUAUGAAAUAGGAAAAUUGGAAUUAAAAAAAAAAAAAAAAAAAAAAAAAAAGAAAAAGGAAAAAAAAGAAAAAAAUGUAGAGCUAAAUAUCGCAAGCGUAUCGAUUAAAAAUGGAAGAAUACAUUGAUCGACCAGUAGUGAUAUUUUUAAUUCCGCAGCCAAAUGUAUCGUGUUAGAAAACUGUUAUCUAGUAAACUGUUAAAUUCGAUUUAUUAAGAUUUUGUAAUGGUAGGAGAUUCGUUGAAGAUCAAGAUUGAAUUAGCUUCGUGAAUAACAUUUGAAACGUAAGAUAAUUCAUAUACUUCGGAACAAUGUGACAAGUACGAUAAAAAUGUGUAUGCCGAAGAGAAUUAUUUUUAUAAAUCGUAAUUGGGUACGAGAAAGACACAAAA